UGUGCUGCUCUGUCCUCCCCUCAGCAGCGUCAGAGCUGCUCCUGCCUGCCUGACAGCAACGCGGAGUAAAGCAGAGCAGAGCAGCCGUCAGCCCUCGCAGCAGAGCACGCCUCCCAGUCCUGCCGCUGACAUGGAGAAGCGCUGCUCAGAAUGUCCGGACCUGCGAGCGGCUCAGAGCCUGUGCACUUCAUGCAACAAGUGGCUGUGCUACCAAUGCACCAACCUGCACCAACACCUCCGACCUGCGGCUCAGACCGCAGAACUGGGCCUUCUGCAGAGGUCUAGCGGCCCCAUGAUGCCUCCUGAAACAGCCAAGGGCUCUGACUACUGUGCCCAUGCUGGCGCCACGUGCCCCCUCCACAAGCAGGAGCCUCUGGAGCUCUUCUGCGAGAUGUGUGACCUCCUGACCUGUAGCAGCUGCCACCUGUCUGCGCACAAGGAUCACCGGGUAGUGCAUGCUGGGAAGGCCCUGGAGGACCAGCGCUGGCUCUUUGAGAACCUGAUGGCUCGUGCCGAGGAGAAGAGAUCUGUGGUGGAGAACACUGCCAAGCAGAUCAAGGACAGGCUGCACAGCGUAAAAGUCACGCAGAGGAGGGCAGAGAACCAGAUUAAAAUGGCAAAGAUGAUUAUGAUGAAUGAGCUUAACAAACGGGCCAACCUAUUAAUAGAGCAACUGGAGAGUGUCUCCAGUAACUUUAAGCGACGUCUGGAGGACCAGCUGCAGGGGGCGAUAGAGACAUGCAGCACACUGGAUCAGGUGCAGAACUUCAUCUCCUGGGCAACCACCCAUCACCAGAGGAGCCCACUACUCUUCAGCAAAGAACUGAUGACAUACCAGAUGCAGCAUGUUUUAGAGCCACAGCUUCACUCAGACUCUUGGGCCCCAGUGAAAAUCAAGUUCAACUGGGAUGCCAGCUUUUGGACAAAACAGAUCUCAAACUUGGGUCAGCUGACCGUCGAGGGAGGCAGCUGUUCGUUCUCCGAGGGCCUUGGCCAUCAUGGCAUCCUGAGGCCCCAGCCCGUCGCCUGCAUCGCUGUGCCCUCUCUGUACCAUGGGCUGCCGGACCAGGGUUGUGCCUACCAGACCUGUUGCCAGCCCCAGCUCUGCUGCCUGCACUGCAUGCCCCCCCAGCCCCUGCCCGGCAUCCCGGGCACCAGGGAGAAGACCCAGCAAGAGCCGAUCCCCCACACCAUGGUGAGCUGCAACCACAGUCCCCCGCCGCUGUGCCAAACCCUUCUGGGGCCCACAGGGCAACAACCCCAGCAGAUAGUUGCUAGGCAGAUGGAGGGCGAUCCCAGCUCCCAGCUCCAGCUAAGCUCCAUGAGUGCCUCUUCUGGACAUUACCCAACCACCGACCCCUCGGCAGCCCCAUCCCCUCUUCAGCCCCAGGGGGAGCAGCUCCUCGACGGCCACGCCAAGGCCACACCAGAGCCCAUUCAGAGUCAGGCCUCCGUCAGAGGACCUCCAGCCACAGACCCCAUGGAGACAGAGCAGGAGCUUCUGCCUGGAGCAGUGAGAUCUCCAAGUCAAGUGGAGGCUGGGAGCCCUGCGCCGUCAUCAGGAGAUCUCGGCAUGAAUCAGUAUCAGGCCGAUGGACUUGAACAGCUUUGCAGCAACAGUGCAGCUGGCUGGGAAUCCUCCCCGCUGGAGAUGUCGGCGUUGGCAGAGGGGAGCCCGGCCGAGUCCCAGAGCCUGUCGGUGGUAGCCAGGAGGACGCGGUCUCAGAGAGGCUCGCCGGAGCACAGGAGCCCCUCUCAACACUGGCCCUCAGGGGCCCCUCACAGCCUGACAACGGCUCCCAGGGACCAGGGAGGUGCAGCUGAGCAGUGUGGCAGUGCCAGAGCCCAGGAGAGGAGCGUUGCCUUGGAUGGAGUACUGAGCAGGGGACCACAGCCAGGUGGCAGCUCUCCCUGUCUCACCACCUACAAGACGGAGCCAGAAAACGUUUGUGUGUAUGCGUAUAACAGUCCUGGACACCAGCACAGCACAAAGAACAAGCUAGCGACAAAGACCCCGAGCAGCAGCAGUGAGGCAGGAGUCGGCCCAAAGGUGCCUGUUGUGUGUCUGGAGAGGCUGAAGAUCCUGGUGUCCCGUUGUCCUCCCCACAGUCAGCCACACACACCCCUCUCCCAGGACAGGGGGCUAAAACCAGUGGAGCUGACUGGACAUCAGGUCUUUGAGGUGUCUAGAGGGGAUUCACCGCUGGCUCGAGAGGAUCAUCCCACGGUCUCAGAAGACUCUCCAGAGCUUCCCGUUGCUGUCUCAUCACCCAGCCUGACAGAAAGCCCUUGGCAUUCCGAUGGAGAGGAAUGCAGCUCAGAUAAACUGCUAACACCAGAGGCUUCUUCCACUGAUCCGGAGCCUGCCAGUGUGCCUGACACAGAGUCAGAUCCUCAGCCGGAGACUGCCUCUGUGACUGACCUGGGAUCAGAGGGCAACCUGGGCUCAGAGCAUCAUCAGGAAUGGGAUCCCAGCUCACAAGGCGACUCGCACCCUGAAUCCGAGUUGGACCUGGAGUCCGAGCAGCCGGCCGAGACAGAGCUGUCCUCCUCCGGCGACUCUGAGCCAGAGUCAGAGAUGGACUCGACUGCCGAGGUGGUCAUGCGCCUGGAGCCCGAAUCUGAGCAGCCGCCGGCAGAGGAGCCACUCCCAUCUUCUGACUCCAGCCCACAGCUAGAGGAGCUGCCUGACCCGGCUUCCCUCGGGGAGCACCAAGAGACGGCAGAGGCGGAGGUGGAGGCGGAGGUGGAGAUGGAGAACGAGGACUUCUGUGCUGUGUGCCAUAUCGGUGGUGAGCUGCUCUGCUGCGACCGCUGCCCCAAAGUCUACCACCUCUCCUGCCAUGUGCCCUCUCUGCUCAGCUUUCCAACUGGCGACUGGGUGUGCAGCCUCUGUCGGGAUGUGCAGCAGCCCGAGGUGGAGUACGACUGCGCCAACACGCGUCUGAGCGCGGAGCUCAAGGGGAAGGCCCUGCCAUACGGCCUGUCUGCCGGCGACCUGAGGAAAUGUGAGAAGCUUACUCUGCUCAUCUGCGCCCACGCCUUGAGUGCUCCCUUCCAUGAACCUGUGAGCCCACUGGCCCGCCACUAUUAUCAGAUAAUCAAAAGGCCGAUGGACCUGUCAGUCAUCCAGGGCAAACUGAAUAAAUCCAGCCACAUGCACUACUUCACCCCCGAGGAGUUUGUGGCUGACGUCUCUCUCAUGUUCAGGAAUUGUGCGAAAUUUAAUUACCCAGACUCAGAAGUGGCUCAGGCCGGCCACAGCCUGGAAGCAUUCUUCACCUCGAGUCUGAGGGAGGUGUUCCCCAACCAGGCCUUCACAUCAGCUGAGGUGGAGGAUUCGGACAGCGACGAGUACGAGGACCUGGGCCAGGUGGCCCUGAAAGGCUUCUCCUGGCCCGACAGGAGGGAACAGAGCCACAGGAAGAGGAAAAGGAGACACUCUCUCAACUGCAGGAGGCAUCACUUCUAGCUGACACCUUCUUAGACUGGAGAAAUUAGUACGAGAUGUGGAGCCAGAAAUGGCAGGCUUUGUUUCUGCGCUGCGGAGUUCUUCACACUUCAUAACCUUCACACUUCCCUGAUGUGAAAAUAUUUUAAGUGCAUUUAACACAAGUAUUUACCGUGCUUCUCUAAGAUGAUGUAGUUCGAGCAAAUGUAAUAUGCAAUGUUGCCUGCCUUCAUGUUUUAAAACUUUAUAUGCCUUUAUAUACUGCCUUUUUAGAAACUGUUUUUUAUUUUAACUAUAUACUGUCAGGUUCAAUAUAUUGUAUCAUGUUCUUUGCUCUGACAAAGUUGAUAUAGGUAAAUGUUGCUAUGGUACUUUAAUAUCCAGUUAUGAAUUGUCUUUUUAUGGUGGAUCAAUGGUUGCUGGCAACGGUGAAGUAGUAACAAUAUAUGAUUAUUGUUCAUUUAUAUCAUACGUAUUUUAGAUUUUUAAGAACAAGAUUUUGUUUUGGUUAUCUAUAUAUACACCAUUUGUUUCAGGUUGAUUUUUUUCUUACUGUGAUAGCUGGAAUAUCCUAUAGAGGGCGCUGUGUCUCUAGUGAUUCCAAAAACAGCAAUGGCAUCAGGUUCACAUUGAACUUCGUGGUCAUCUGAAAGAGAUGACUAAACCUCCAUGCUAUGAAAGACAUUGGGCUGGUUAUUAAUAUAGAUGAACGUUGUCAGGGUAUUGUUUCACACAUGCUAGAAUUCUCAGGUUUAAUGGAAAAUGUUUCUUAUGUCUGCUAGUCUUCAAUUGGCAGAGGAGACACAGUGGGAUUAUGUUGAAUUAUGAGUGGAAAGGUGCCGUUACUGUUGAAGAAUCUGGGACCUUUUUGUAAUACACUGAUUUCUCUGGCUGCAGCUUCUGUGUAGAUUAGCCUUGUUGAUGUUCCAAUCAAAUGAAAAUGCUACCUGUAACAAUAUUCCUGUAUUAGUGGCUGGAAUGUAUCGAGCUUACAGACUGAAAUAUAGGCCUACUGUUAAGAAAACACUGGAUGGCAUUCAAAUAAAUAUAUCCUGGAGGACACUUUACUCAAGUACAACAGCAGUAUUCCUCAUUCUACUGAU